AUGACUGCACCAAGUUACUGCAUGAGGUUUCCGGAGCCUGGCUACAUCCACGAGGUGUUCGAGACGUUCGAUAGCUGUCAAUCCACCUGCGCUUCGUCUCUGCGCGCAAGCGUCUUCCUCAACAUGCGCACGCUGGGUCGCUUCAGUCUAGUCACGGUCGAGAAUCACCGUUCGAGCUUCCGAGGUCCCGCACGAGGGGCAGUAUCUCCGCAAGCUAUUCUCAAGACGAUGCAGAGGCCUGGACUGGUCUCUGCAGCAGGCAACUACAACCUAUUCAAGCAUGCUUGGUUUCGAUGGGAUGUUGGACAGCCUCGCAUGAACGGCUGGCUGUAUGGCUGUCCUGUUGGAGAAACGAGCCUGACAGGUCGGCAUGUGCCCGUGCCAGAAGUGCAACGUCCGCAUUGGAAGAUGCGCACUGCUACGGACGGCUCUUUCAUCACGAUGGGACCGUCCCUUUUGCGUCGUAUCCAGAUGCCAAAGACGAUCAAUCCGGCCAAAGACUCGCUAUGGAAUCGGAGCUUUGCGUAUGCGAAUGAGCUGCCCUUGCGAGAAGGUGACCAGAGGGGCAACGACUUGUUCGCAAGUCUACAAGCUGGAGAUGAUGCCUUGUCCUUUGUCCUAACCUCGCUCAAAAGAGGCGUGCCGACAACGUUGUCCAUGAUGGCAGAGAUUGAGGCGGCCUUUGAUAUGGCCAAGACCUGCGUGGUGCGGUACAAAGGCGAAGAGUACAGAUGGAAAGGUGCCAGACAGAGCAGUUUGUCCGUCUUUGUCCAAAGUCUUCCGUCUCUCGCCGACGUGCAAGACACGUACAGCGUCGAGUUCUUCCAGAGCGACCCGCACGAUAGCAAGUCGCGGACUCAACAAUCCAUGCUGCCAGGUAGUUGGGCGCACGGUCGAGAGAAGAACGAAAGAUCUGGCAAGAUCGAAUUGAAGGAUGGAAGACUGAUCGACUACGCCUACACCUGUCCUUCGCGCGGUCAUGGUCUAAAUUUCAACGAGAUGCGAGACUUGCUUUUCGCCUAUUUGAAGUUCAAGGACAUUGACGUUGCACUCGUCAAGGAUAUCUGGAACAGCGAUGGUUCAGCGAGCAUUGUGCAGUACUUGCGUCGAUCGGAUGGCACGGUCUUGGCACUUUCCAAAGGAGGGCUCAAAGGCGCACCUUUACCCUCGUACGCGGAUGACAUCCCAGCUCAUCUCGUGCGUGAUUGUCCCAACUACUUCAUCCUCCGACGUGCAGUGGACGACAUCGACGAUGCGGUGUCCUUGCGCGAUUCGGAAUUAGAAGGUGAAUAUGUGCCCGAUGCAGUCGAACAGAGCGAUAAAGAUGACGCUCCCAUCUGGAUCGAAAACGACAAGUGGCGUAUUAAGAAUGCGGCGCAUCAGAGAUUGGCUGCUGAGUCACUCAUCGAGCACAGAGUCACUCAGUUGGAGGCAGCAGCAAGCAUAUUACCAACGACCUGCAAGGUCGCUCUUGAUCGGACUCACCCGCUCAUUCGCCACUUUGCCGACAGAUUGA